AUGGUAAAGAUGCUGGCCAUAAGCUUGCUCAUUAAUGGGGGCACUGUGACAAGCCUACAUCAGCUGUGUAAACAGAUGUGGGUGCUCACAGAUGGAGAGACUGGCAUAGGGCUUGAUGCCCCCUUUAACCUCUCCACAUUAGACUCUCCCCCUACCUGCCAGUGGACCGACCAUAAAGUGGGUAUAACCAUACAACAAGCUAAUAUGCAUAAUGCUACUUCCAAUAUUUACGGCAAAGUUCUCAGGUGUUGUAAUUUCUCUGUGGUAGAUACCAAGGAGUUCAACUCAGGGGUCAUUUGGUUGCUCUGGAGGAACUACCAACAUGUAUUGGCAUUUCUCUUUGCCAUUGAGGAAAUUAAUAAGAAUCUCCAUUUGCUUCCCAACCUUUCCUUGGGUUAUAAUCUCUACAAUGCACUUCCGGGUCACCUGAGGACCUUAGAGAGUGCCCUGUUUUUGCUCUCUGGAGGUAAUCAAUCUCUGCCUAACUACAACUGCCAGAUACAGAAACGAUCUGUAGCUAUCAUUGCAGGAAAUAUUCCAACAUUUUCAGCCCAAACUGGGACCCUUUUGGAGCUCUACAAAAUACCACAGGUCACAUAUGGUCCUUUUGAUCCCAUCCUAAGUGAUAGAAACAAGUUUCCAUCAGUUUAUCAGGUGGCUACCAAGGAAAACUCUCUGGCUCAUGGAAUUACCUGGUUGCUGCUGCAUUUUGCUUGGACAUGGGUGGGUCUCUUUGUGUCUGAUGAUAUGCAAGGGGAGCAGUUCCUUCAGGAUGUGAAGGCAGAGGUAAUGAAAAAGAGUAUCUGUGUGGCUUUUGUAGAAAGGCUCUUUGCUCCGUCACGUACUGCUAUCCGGAAUAGUCUGUCUUCUCCACCUAAGAUCAGGGUUUCAUCUGCAAAUGUGUAUAUAAUAUAUGGUGAUAUUGAAAGUGUCUUCACACUGAUAAGAGAAAAAGAUACCUAUUUAAUUAUGGAAAAGGUUUGGAUCAUGAAAAAUCUCCAUUCAUCAGAGUGGAAAGGAACUAAAGCAGGCCCACCAAAUUCUUCCCUGGAGUUUAUGCCACCUGCUAUAGACAUGAUGACUGUGUUUGAGUCCAGCUUUUUUGUCUAUCAUGCUGUGUAUGUGGUGGCCCAAGUCCUUCAUGAGAUGCUUUUUCAGAUCAUAGAAAUGGGACCUCCAGAAGAUGCAGACCAGCCUGUGUUUCUUCCCUGGCAGGUCACAUAUGGCCUUUUUGAUCCCAUACUAAGUGAUAAAAACAAAUUUUCAUCAGUUAAUCAGGAGGCUACCAAGGAAAACUCUCUGGCUCAUGGAAUUAUCUGGUUGUUGCUGCGUUUUGCCUGGACAUGGGUGGGUCUCUUUGUAUCUGAAGAUAUGCAAGGGGAUGAGUUCCUUCAGGAUCUGAAGGAAGAGAUAAUGAAAACGAAUAUCUGUGUGGAUUUUGUAGAAAGGCUCUUUACCCCAUCAGGUGUUGCUUUUGGGAAUCGUCUAGGAACUAAAGCAGGCCCACCAAAUUCUUCCCUGGAGUUUAUGCCACCUGCUAUAGACAUGAUGACUGUGUUUGAGUCCAGCUUUUUUGUCUAUCAUGCUGUGUAUGUGGUGGCCCAAGUCCUUCAUGAGAUGCUUUUUCAGAUCAUAGAAAUGGGACCUCCAGAAGAUGCAGACCAGCCUGUGUUUCUUCCCUGGCAGCUUCAUCCAUUUCUGAGAAAAAGCCAACUUACACAUAAUACUAGAUACGACAUGCCUCUAGGAAAAGAAAGAAGCCAUACAGCACAGUAUAUCUACAACUUAGUGAGGUUUCCUAAUGACAAUUUCACCAACUGGCUGCUGGUUAAAGUAGGAGACUUUGUUUACAGGAACCCCCACGAUCAAGACUUGAUCAUCAAUGAAGAGAUGAUAAGAUGGCCUAUUAGUUUCAAAGAGACUCCUGAAUCUGUGUGUAGCCAGAGCUGUGGUCAUGGACUCCAGAAAAUUUACCAAAGAGGAAGACCUGAUUGCUGCUUUAUUUGUGUUUCUUGCACAGACAGAGGCAUUUCAAAUCAAACAGAUGCAGAGGAGUGUAUCCAAUGCUUAGUUCAAGAGUAUCCAAACAGUGAGAGAACACAAUGCCUCCCCAAGCCUGUGAUAUUCCUGGGUUUUGAGGAUUCUUUGGGGCUAGCCAUGGCCUGCAUGGCUCUGUGUUUCUCUGUGGUCACAGCUGUGAUUGUGGUGGUCUUUGUGAAGCACCGAGAUACUCCUAUAGUCAAGGCCAAUAACCAGACUCUCACUUUCAUCCUGCUCAUCUCCCUUCUCUUGUGCUUUCUCUGCUCUCUGCUGUUCAUUGGCCAUCCUAACACAGCCACCUGCAUCCUCCAACAAGUCACAUUUGCUCUUGUGUUCACUGUGGCAGUUUCCACUGUUUUGGCCAAAACCAUUACUGUGAUUCUGGCAUUCAAGGCUAUGAGGCCUGGAAGAACAAUGAAGUGCAUUCUGCAAUCAGGAGCUUCCAACUCUGUCAUUCCCAUUUGCUCCCUGAUCCAAGUGAUUAUCUGUGUGAUCUGGCUGGGAACUUCUCCCCCUUACAUUGACAUAGACUUACACUCUGAGCCCAGAAACCUCAUUAUCAUGUGCAACAAGGGCUCAGUCACUGCCUUCUACUGUGUCCUGGGAUACCUGGGCUUCUUGGCUCUGGGGAGUUUCACUGUGGCUUUCCUGGCCAGAAACCUGCCUGACACAUUCAAUGAGGCCAAAUUCCUCACAUUCAGCAUGCUGGUGUUCUGCAGUGUCUGGAUCACCUUCCUCCCUGUCUACCACAGCACCAAGGGGAAGUUCACGGUGGCUGUGGAGGUCUUCUCUAUAUUGGCCUCCAGUGCAGGACUCCUAGGCUGCAUCUUUGCCCCCAAGUGCUACAUUAUUCUGAUAAGACCUGAUAAGAACUCCUGGAAAGCUUUAAAAAACAGAAAGAGAUCCAGGAGAAAAUAG